ACCUCUCCCUGGAUCUCCCAGAAUGUCCAUUUAAAUUAAAUGGAUUUAUACCUCUCUUUUUGUCAUUUGUGUGAAGAUAAUGGCUCUCCCCAUGACUUCUUGGUGAAAUGUGUUUUCUCAUAUCAGGAAAGGUUGACAUUCAGGGAUGUGGCCAUAGAAUUCUCUCAGGAGGAGUGGAAGUGCCUGGACCCUGCUCAGAGGACUUUAUACAGGAACGUGAUGUUGGAGAAUUACAGGAACCUGGUCUCCCUGGGUGAGGACAACUUCCCUCAGAAGCGGGAAUCUGCUCUGCUGUAUCUCUGCAUGUUUCCUUGUGUGACUCUUGGGAGCCCCUGCAUUUCUCAAUUAAGACUGAAGCUGUGUUAAUUCUCAGAUGAAAAGCUUCAUAGUACAGCAUCU